GUCCUGAGGAAGGAGAGGGGAGAGAGACCCAUAGAGACAGGGCCCAGGGACAGUGGACAGACCUAGGGGCCGCCAGCUGGGAGCCAACCCCAGACCUCCACCCCCAGAGACCAGAGGGGCCGAGACAGAUAGGCAUCCAUCAGACAACCAGACAAAGAGGGGGCGUCUGAGCCAAAGAGACCAGACAGACUGGGCGGUGGGCAGGGACAAGAGAAAAGGACACAGUGAGAGGGACAGGAGAAAGGAAGGAACAGGGGAGAGGAAAGGAGAAGAGAAGAGAGGAGAGGAGAAAAGAGGAGAGGAGAGGCAAAGAAAAGAAAAGAGAAGAGUGUGAAGGGAAAGAAAAAAGGGAAGGAAAGAGAAGGAGAAAAGGAGAGGAAGCAGGGCAGAGCUGCUGGGCCACAGUGCCAGCAGCCACGAGCCAGGAGCCUUUGAAGAGGCGGGCUGCAUCCCCAGGGCCGGGGUCAGGCCAGGUCGCUGGCAGCAACCGACAGGCCAGCAGCAUGAGCGGCCCUGCACUUCUGAGGAGGAAUUCUAGCAAACUGGGCCUGGAGAAGCUGUUGAGGCUCACCACUCAGUGGAGAGUAGAAGACUCAGAGGAGGCGGCUCGUGAGCAGCGCCGGCAAGAGCGAGAGAGGCAGCUGAGGGACCAGGUCCAGGACCAGGAUGAAGGUGGUCAUUCCCCAGAGCUGCUGGGGCAAGAGGCACGCCUCAGCCUGAAGCCCUCUGAGGCCCCUGAACUUGAUGAAGAUGAGGGUUUUGGCGACUGGUCCCAGAAGCCAGAGCAGCAGCAGCGUGGGAUGGCUGAGGGGACCACGGGUGGCAGUGACCUCCCUCACAGCAACAGUGCAGAGGGGGACCAGGCAGAGAACAGGCCUUUCCAGAAUGUCUAUGAAAAUCAGGCCCAUGAAAACAGUCUACACCAAACUGGUGUCCACCUGGAGGGGUUGUGCCUGAGUCAGGGAAAGCCUGGCCCGGAGGAUGCCAAUGAGGGCCCUGAGGAGGCAGAGGAAGAGUACCAAACAAGUCAACACGCCAGGGCCCCCAGCCCUGUGGCCUUGGAGGGAACUGCUGACCUGAGCUCACCUCCCUUGAGCCCCACCACAAAACUGGCCGACAGGACUGAGUCCUUGAACCGCUCCAUAAAGAAGAGCAACAGUGUGAAGAAAUCCCAACCAGCCUUGCCCAUCUCCACCAUCGAUGAGCGCCUGCAGCAAUACACCCAGGCCACUGAGUCUGCUGGUCGGACCCCCAAGCUAUCCCGCCAGGCCUCCAUAGAACUGCCCAGCAUGGCCGUGGCCAGUACCAAGAGUCUGUGGGAAACAGGAGAGGUACAGACUCAGUCUGCUGCCAAGACGCCCUCCUGCAAGGAUAUUGUAGCUGGAGACAUGAGCAAAAAAAGCCUGUGGGAGCAGAGAGGAGACGCCAAGGCUUCACCCACAAUCAAGAGCACCCCAUCUGGGAAGAAGUUCAAGUAUGUGGCAACAGGGCAUGGGAAGUAUGAGAAGGUGCUUGUGGAUGAGGGCUCAACACCUUAGACCACGCAUCUCGGUAAAGGUGAACGGUGCCCACUACAUUGCCAGGGAAGACUACAGCUAGAUGCCACCUAUAGCCCUGGCCAAGAAGUCGCUUCCUGUUGCCAGCCUGGCCUGUUCCUGUUCCUCCAGCCAUCCUGCUGUCACUGCCUUCUUUUGCUCCUGGACCCUCCAGCCUCUAUCCCAUCCCUUCCAGCUGUCCUUCCAGCUCUGUCUCUUUAUCUCAGUUAAAGGGACCACCCCCUAGAGGGUCAAGGGCUCCCAAAGAAGGCUGGAAAAUGAGAGAGGGCAGGCCACCCAGCCAAAUCUGAAAACCGCCCAUCCUGGGCUGAACACACGAGUCAGCAUUCCCUCCUGCCCUGCUUGCAGAACUCUCGUUUUGUGUAAUAAAGCUCCUCAAAUGCCCCUUGCA